CAAAAAACAAAAAACUAUAAAGCUACCCCCUCAUUCAUAUAUUUUCUCUGUGGUUGCAGCAUCUUUACCAGCAAUACACAGAACUUAUCAGCCCACUUCCUUGUACUCAGAGCUCCCAAAAUGAAGGUUGACAUAAUUUCUAGUGAGCUCAUCAAACCAUCUUCUCCUACUCCAUCUGAAUUCAGAGACUUCAAGCUCUCUUUUCUUGAUGAGAGAAUACCUCCCACCUAUGUCCCUCUCAUUUUCUACUAUUCCCAAAAUGAAUCAACCAGCAAUAUCAAGCAAUCCCAUAUGUCAAACAUUCUAAAAGAAUCACUAUCACAAGCCUUAACUCAAUUCUACCCUCUUGCUGGAAGAAUGAAAGGCCAAAUCUCAGUUGAUUGUAGUGAUGAAGGGGUUUGCUACGUAGAAGCCCAGGUUGAUAGUGAGCUCACAGACAUCAUUGAAUGCUCGGAAGCAAAGGUGUUCGACCAAUUGAUCCCAUACAAAAUAGAAAGUGUUAAAGAAGAAUUAGCAAUUCAAGUGACUUUCUUCAGUUGUGGUGGCAUAGUGGUUGGUAUGUGCAUUUCACAUAGAAUUGCUGAUGGAUGUACUCUAUGCACCUUCAUCAAAGCUUGGGCUGCCACGGCUCGCGGGGAGAGAAAUACUGUGUGUCCAAUCUUUAACUUAUCAUCUUUGUUCCCACCAAGAGACUCACCUGACUUCAUGCCAGUCACCAACCAUCCAGCAAUUCGACCUCCAACUCAAAGGGUUGUCACCAAAAGGUUUGUUUUCACAGCCUCAGGAAUUGCUGCACUUAAAUCUGAGUUGGUGAAAACCAACAGCAAUAUGCUGCUGCCUACGCGUGUGGAGGCGGUUUCAGCACUGAUAUGGAAGUGUUGCAUAGCUGCAACACGGCGCAAGAACUGCAGUGUAUCGGUGGCAUUUCAUCCUGUGAACUUCAGAAAGAGGAUGGACCCUCCAUUGCCUGAAAAUUCAUUUGGUAAUAUUUUCCAAAUGGCAAGUGCAGUGACAAGUGGAGAGACAGAUUUGGGUAGCUUGGUGGGUAAAUUGAGAGGUGCAAUUGGGAAAAUAGACGGUGAUUACAUAAGAAAACUACAAGGUGAGGAUGGGUUUGACAUUGUGAGGAACAAUUUCAAGGAGAUAGGGAAGCUUUUGUCCCAAGGGGAUGUGCAGGUGUUGAGGUUUAGUAGUUGGUGUGGUUUUCCAAUAUAUGAAGCAGACUUUGGUUGGGGAAAUCCAACAUGGGUGAGCAGUGCUAGCUUUUCAAAUAUUGAUAGUAUUAAGCUUAUGGAUUCUAGAGGUGUUGGUGGGAUUGAAGCAUGGGUGAUCUUGGCUGAGGAAGAUAUGAUGGAAUUUGAGAAGGAUGUGGAGCUCCAACUCUACACUACAUUAUCUUCGUGAUUAAUUUUGUUAUUACCAAA